UCCAUAAUAGAGGUAUAAAAUACUUAUAUACACGGAAAAGCUGUUGAGAUCAACUAUGAUCUUUUUUGUGUGUCUGGUUUUAUAAUUUCUUUUGCUUCAUACAUUUAAUGAAAUUGCUGCUAUACCAGGCAUAUUAUGUAGGUACAUAUAGUGCUUUUCACGAUUAGUCACCUCGGUCACCUCAAGAUAAUUUAAUCUCCAUUGCCUAUUGCAUUGGAAUUUUCGCAACUCCACAUUUCCAGUUGGAAAUUUCUAUCUGGCAGAGUAGCACAGACAACACAUCGAGAUCAUUCUCCUGUUGGGUCUCUUGGUGAAAUGUGUGUUUGGGCUCUGGGUUUCAAAUAAGAAAGUUUUUGUGCGUUUGCAAUAAGCGAGAAAAGUACGCAGAAAUGGAAGACAUUGGGAAAAUCGGUGUAGAAGAAUAUCAUCCAUCAGACUAUGUACAAUUGAGUGAUUUUAAGAUGAUGUUUAAUUUUACAUUGAGUGCCUGCCGAAUUUUUUAUUAUGGCAUCGUGGCGAUUGUAAGUCAUAUUUUGGGUUUCUUUAGCAUCACAAGCAAAGAUAACUCAUACCCACUUGUUGGGAAAGUGGCCCUCGUGACAGGAGCAGGGAAUGGUUUUGGGCGAUCCUUGGGAAUAAUGUUGGCGGCUGAGGGAUGCCACGUGGCCGUAGUGGACAUCGACGGGGAUGCUGCAGAAGAGACUGCUGCUAAACUGCGGUCCAUGGACGUGAAAUCAGUAGCCUAUAAGGUGGACGUGAGUGACAGUGCACAGGUGGAGAAGUUGCACGAUGAUGUGGUCGAAGACCUGGGUGUUGUGGAUAUUUUAGUCAAUAACGCCGCAAUUCUGCCUCUGAUGUCAUUCCGUGAAGGUACUCCAACUGAUAUUGAGAGGAUCGUCAAAGUAAAUUUGUUGUCGCACUUUUGGACUACAAGAACUUUCCUCGGUGACAUGAUAAAGCAGAAAUGUGGCCACAUUGUGGCUGUUUGUUCUGGAUAUGGUCUCUAUCCCGGAGGUAGAUCAGUCACAUAUUCAGCAAGUAAAUUCGGGGUACGUGGCUUUAUGGCGAGCCUCAGCGAAGAACUCAUGUACAAUGAUCAUGACUUCAUAAAAACCACCACAAUUUUCCCACUUCUGAUGUCCACACGAAAAGAGGUGUCCGAUUUGUGGGUGAAACUCAAAAUGGCGGAUAGAAUGAUGUGCUUAUCGCCAAAUUAUGCGGCUUUCCACGCAGUGCAGGCAAUCAAAAAUCGAAGUGAAUUAAUUAGUUUACCAAAGGGUUUGGUGACAUACAUGGCACUCUCAUCACUUUUUCCAGCAUCUCUUAGAAAGAAGGUUAUUCUUCAAUUUAUGGAUGGGAAAAUUCCACAAGUCCACCCGAAUCAUUGUUAAUAUGGAAAGCUAUUCAUUGAUUUAAUUUGGUGGAUUUAGUCUGAUGUGGUGGAUUUAUUUUCGAAUAAGGGACGUAUUUCCCUGUAUUCAUUGUGAUGGGUUAAAUGCAGAUUGCUUAUCAAGUGAAUUAUAGAGCUAUAAAAAGUAAACAAAGCAAAACAUUGUAGGUUUUAUGUAAAUAUGAAAAAAUUAAUGGUAAUAAAAUUGAGUAUACGAAUUAAUUAUUGCACUUUUACACGGUGUAAUUAUUUUAGCUGCUGUAAAUCAUCUCUCUUCAACAAUGUAUUAAAUCCAAUCUCUCGUGAUGGGUAAUAAAAUAAUGUAAUUGGACAAAUUACAUAAUAAAAGUGCAAAAAUAA